GCGCAUUUAGUUUGUUGACAGUUGUCAUUUGGGUUAAGUCAAAUUUGGUUAAAUUUAAAAACGAUGGAUGAAAAUUGUGAAAAUAGUGUGUAUAAUCUAAUCACCAACUUGUGUGAAACAUUUUCUUAUGACCAGACGGUCGUUAAGAAACUUCGAUCAACGGCCUAUGAAAUUCUGUUGAAAAAGAGAAGCCACAAUCAAACAAGUCAGAGACAUUUGAAAGGUCCUGAUCCUCAUUGUAGUUUGUUAGCUUGGCAAUUUGAACUUGCGACAAAGUACAAUUUAGUGGAUCAUGGUUUAAAAUUGAAGGAAUGUGGAGAAUAUAUUCAAAGGCAUUACGAAGAAAAUAUUAUUGAGUUUUUGUUAUGUUUGCGAAAUGUUCCGGUUGAAAAAGACGAUUCUGUGGAUUUUGAGCUACCUUUUGAUGUUAAAAGUUUAUACAAAAUACCCUCGACACCUGAAAGCGAAUGCUCAGCUUUGAUUGUAGACAUUGCUAAAAACUGCUCAUCAACAGACGUGUGGACUGAGGCGUCCAAAUUAACAUUUAGCAACCGAAAAAACUGGGAAGAUUUUGGGCAUCCUGAGCCUGAUAAGGAAAAACCGUUUUUGUGUGAAUUAGGGGAAUUGUCUCAUUUAUGGGUUGAGAAUUUACCUUCUGGUUAUUUUUCUUGCUUCUUGCAAGAUGAGAGUACUGUUGAACCAGUUGUUAAAACAGUGAGUGAAUUUGUGAAAGAUGUCAAGUAUUUGCUAGUGGGCAUGGCCUCUUACUUCUUCAGCUAUACCGACGAAAGUGAUUUUUUUUUGGUUCCAAACCUAACAGUUAAAGGGCUAUCAUCAGAAGCUUUAAAAUCGUACAGCGAGGAGUUUAUUUUUUGUGGAAACUGUUACAAAGCUUUACAUGAAAUUUCAACUCCCUGCUCACUUACGGGGGAAUACAAACAGGACGGUUAUAUUUUCGCUGAGCUAUGCCAGAGCAUUCAGCGUUAUUUGGAAAUUUAUCGUACGACAAUUAUGAGUCUAUCUGACACAAUUGGUUUAUUAAAAUUGCACGAACGCACUAAUCAAUUGCGCAAACAAUUAACUACUUUAGCUUCGAUUUGUAAAUUGGGACCUUUUGCACAGUCAGAGAGGAUGCCACAUGGAGUGUUACUGCUGAAUUAUCUAUACCAGACAGCUUUAAGUCUCACUGAUAAAAAUGUUUUAUUGGUGUUGUACGCAGUUUUGUUCCCUUGCUGUCAGGUCUAUUUCAGCAGGUUUCUCCAACAGUGGCUUUUGGACGGCACUGUUAACGAUCCGUUUGAAGAAUUUUUCAUUAAACCAAAUCUUAAAUACAUAUCGACACGAGGCAGGACGUACUGGACCAGGAGUUACAACAUCCGUGAAGAUAUCGUUCCAGAUUUUCUAGCGGAUUUGCGAAUGGAUAUUCUAAACUGCGGCAAAUCCAUGAAUUUGCUAAAAUUAUGCUUACAAUCGAGCACAUUUUGCUCGUAUCUAAUGGGAAAGAAACCGCUGAUUAUAUCUUGUUGUUUAACUUCGGAACAAUUAUCCUUGUUGGAGCAAAACGCGACGAGUUAUUACCUUGAAAUUUUAUCCGAAUGUGGUCCGAGGAUUAACCUGGAACAUAUCGUUAGGAGGAAUAAAGAACAGGAUCCGAUCUUUAUGAAUUUAAUCGCCAAGAAACGUGCUGCGACGUUGGCGAGACUUGAACUCGAACGAAAGAAAGUCUUAGAAGAAGAAAGGGAGAAAAAGCUCGAUGAACUGACCGCAUUAAAAGAACAGUAUGAUUCCGCUGUUCAGCUAAAACAAGAAAGAAUUGCAUCGGAAAUAGAACACGAGAUCAAACUAAUCCAGUUUAACUUAUCUAUUGAAAAUACUCGCGAUAGGUUAAUCGAGAGAGAAGCUAAUGAGUUAAUCGAUUAUUACAACAAAUUGUACGAAAUAUCGGACCUUCGGCGAAAAAAAAUUGAAACCCACAUUGAGAAACUGAAAACUUGUUUGGAAGAGCCAAGUAAUUUGGAAACAAACUCUUCAGAAGAGUCUUUCUAUUCCGUUGAUGAACCAAUGAAAGAGACAGAAAGUGAAGAGAAAUUCGAUGAGUCGGAGACACAACCAGAAGAACCUAUUCACACUUCAAAAUCUCUCGAUAUAAUCAAUGCCAACAGCGAACCAGCCCUUGAAACAUUUGCGACAGCAAAAAAAAUCAAAGAAAAGGUUUUAACAGAAGAAAUGGGAAUCUUAAUGCCACCAUUAAAAAAACAAAUCACUACAAUUUGCGACAACCACAAAUUAACCGAUGCACAGAGGAACAAACUUAAAGUGAUGAGCUCCGAAUUCGGCAUCGAAAUGAGGAAACCGACGAUCAGAAAAAGUUUAACUCAAUGGGAAAUCAACCGAAAUCAUGUUCUAGGCACUAGCGAGGUGUUUAUGCCGGUAAAACUUGACAACGUUAAUUAUCUGAAUCGGAAUUUUACGAAUAGCGACAUAAGUGAGAAAAAAAUUAAAAAAUCGAAUAGUCUUUCUUUGGAUUUUGCCAAAUGUGAUAUCCCUUCACCAAUGAGUGUCGACACGACCCCAAUGAGCGAAUCGACAACGAGCAGAUUCGGCCUAAGUGUGUCACGAGGCGAUUUUGAGAGUCUUCCCACAACUGCUGAAACUCAAGCCACUGACGAAGGUUUCCUGUUUGAAGGCGUCCCAGAAUCGAGCUAUGUCCCAAUCAAGCGAAAUUUUGACGAUUCGUUGCAGAAAAAAGUCUUCUCGAAGCGAGUAACACGCGAGGAAGCGUCUGGUCUUAGCACAAAUUGUCUGAGGCUGUUUCUUCACGAAAGUGUUUCGAUUCCGUUAGCAACGCAGACAAAACUACUCGAUAACGAAUUACUCAAAUACUUUGUGGAGGAUUUGCAAUACUUGAAGCAUUUGAAUAGUCUUCGCGAUUAUUUUUUCCUGCAAGAUGGCGAGUUUGGGCGCAACAUUACUGAGACUCUGUUCGAGAAGUUAUACGAUGUGCAUUUUCCCAUCGAACUGAUCAAUUGUCAAACGUUGCAGAGUUUGGUUUUGGGAGCGUUGCAGAUGUCAAGUAAAUUUCAGGAAAAUUCAACUUGUUUGUCUUUCAAGAUCAAUAGUCUGCCGAAGAGGUUUCAUUUAGGGGAUCCUGAUGUUUUGGAUUGCUUGUCGCUGACUUAUAAAGUUAAAUGGCCUUUGAAUAUUUUGCUGCCGGUGGACACGAUUGAGAAGUACGAUGAAGUGUUCAAGUUUUUGCUUAAACUUAAUCGGAUUUCGUGGGUGUUGAAGAAAAUUCUUUUGGAACUGAAGAUCUUGGCGAAAGUCUCGGGAAAGAAAGAGAUUUAUUUGAUGAUGUCGCCUCAUUAUCGGCGAGUGCACCAAUGCAGGCACGUCAUGUUGCACUUUAUCCAAACAUUGCAAAACUAUGUGGUUGGAGAGGUGCUGCAAUCGAGUUGGGAAGUUUUCGAACGCAAUUUGGUCACAGUUACAAAUUUGGAUACUUUAUAUUCGACUCACACCAACUACAUUAAAACAAUUUUAUUCCUCUGUCUGCUUAAUCAAAAAUCGGCGCCUUUGAGGAAAGUUAUUCAAAAAAUAUUCGUUGUCAUUUUAAAAUUCUACGAUCAUUUGAGGUCAAGGGCGUGGAAAUGCGAGAAUGGAACUUACAUUCAUCCCAAUUUUGCGAAAUUGGAGAGCAUUUUUCUUAAUUUUGAAGAAUUUGUUUUGUACUUGUUUAAGAUAGGACGGAAGGUUGCAAAAAGUGGCUACCAGCCACAUUUAACACAGUUGCUUGAUAUGUUGGAUGUUAAUGGUUAUUAUUCCAACAAAAAUUAUGUUCAAGUUACUUAAAUUUUAUCAAGGUUGAAUAAAUGCUUAAAACUGA